UGCUAUUUCAGGUAAAGGUUGUUGAGGUAAGGCUUAUGAAGCUCUUCCGUUCCUCUCCUAACGGUCUAGCGGGGACCAUCGCGGGAUGGCGUGUCAGCGGGCAUGUGCUUUUAUUGGAGGUGAAAGUCCAGAAGCCCUCUGGGCAAUAAAACGCGAUAAGCUGUCAAAUCAGACCUUCCCCUCAAACAGAAAACAGGCUCUGUGUUCUACCUGGUGAAGAAGCGUUAGGUACCUCACCAUUGUGUUCUACCUGGAGAAGCACCACCAGGUGUACCUCACCUUUGAGUUCUACCUGGAGAAGCAGCGCCGGGGUGGUUCACGGCUGUGGCGUUUUCUGUCGUGUUUGGUGCGAUUUGGAUCAGAACCGGAGGCCAUGGAUCUCGGGUGCUGGAGACGUUCUGGCCGCACCCUCCUCUGCUUUUACCUGCUCUUCCUUCUACUCAGGGACUGUCGCGCUCAGAUUUGUUCAGCACCACCCGUAGCUAAUGUGGAAGAGAACCAACCAGCCGGCACUCCCGUUUUAAGCAUAACUGCGGAAGCGGGGGUGACGUUUGAGCUGCAGGUGAAUCCUGGGAACUUCUUCAGACUGGAGGAGGCUGCUGUCGUGGUGAACACACCGUUGGACUAUGAGACACCGCCAACUGAUAUUGGAAUUACAAUUCAGUGUACCCAUCCCGACCAAAGAACUCUUGCCUUACAGGUGAUCAUCAUCGUCAAGAAUGUGAACGACGUCGCUCCAGUGUUUGCACAGAGCCAAUACGCCCUGAGCACCCCAGAGCUGGCUCCAGUGGGUGCUACUGUGGACAUGGUUGAGGCCACAGAUGUGGAGGGGGACCUGCUCUAUUAUUACAUGGAUCCUGAGAAUGAGUACUUCACGAUACAGGCUGUGAACACCCCCGUCAUAGUUGUGAAGAAAAUCGCCGACUAUGACGUUGUCCGGAGUGUAUCGUUCAAAUUAAUUGCCGUGGACACCCGCACUCCGCCGCCGACCGGCGUAGCCUCCUUCUCCGCCACGGCAACCGUGUCCAUCAGUAUUACGGACGUGGACAACCGUCCGCCAUGGUUUCAGCCCUGCGCGGAGACGACCAUCGGCAGCAGCAAGAUCUGCCUGGGGUCCGGGUACAGGGGCAGGGUCAACCUGACAGAGAAAACGGAGGGAGUCUUGCCGCUGGAACCAGGCCCAGUGUUUGCCAUUGAUGGGGAUCGGGGCAGAAAUGAACAGAUUAUUUAUCGAAUUAUGGGAGGAAAUGAAGCGGGCAUAUUUAACCUGGACGAAAACACCGGAGGCAUAACCAUGCUGAAGGCUGCCGAUGUUGCUGGUCCCGUAGUCCUGACUGUUUUGGCCUUGCAGUUCCUGAACAGCGACCAGUUUUCCACCACUACGGUGACCUUCGAUGUGGUGAUAAGGAGCCGAAACCCUCCGCAGUUCGACAAGCAACAGUACGAAGGCUUCAUAUCCAGUGACUUGGGCCCCAACAGCUUGGUCCUGGAAGACAAGUCCCUAGACAAGCCUCUCCGGGUUCGGGCCAGAGACGCUGAUUUCAUUGACGGCGUAAACCCCGACGUGCGCUACACCGUCGAGGACGGCAGCGAUUUCACCGUGACGGACGAGGGGUUCGUCCUUCUGAAGACGGAGGUGUCUCCAGGAACGGUUUCCAUACGAGUACAGGCAGUGGACACCUCCAACGGGGAGUCGGGCAUGACCACGGUCUCCAUCCAGGUACUCCCAGCAGCAGAGACGGGGCUGCCCCCCGUCCUGCCGGGGCAGUACCACGAGGCGGACAUGGUCGCCCUGGGCGCCAGCCUGGCCGUGCUGGUGGCGCUCUGCCUGGCCAUCAUCGGCCUGCUGCUCGUGCGCAUCAGGAAGGGCGACACGGCCUGGAGGAAGCUGACCGAGGCCAGCCUGUUCCGGAGCACGCUCGCUCGCGGCUCUGGCAAGAUGAAGGAGGGGGUGCAGUACACCAACAGCGGCUUCCAGAACGACGGGGACACCGGCAGCGUGACCUCUGACCUCCCGACCAAAGCGGACCUGGCGCUGGACGGGGCGGGGCUCGGCGUCGGGGGCGGGGCCAGGGAGACGUCGCCGGCGGCCCGGGCCGCGGCGGCGGCCUCGGCGCUGCAGGAGGACUUCCUGCCCGACGGCGCCAGCCUGGCGGGGUCCGACAGGGCCGACAGCGAGAAGGGGGUCAAGCCCAUCCUCACCAAGGAGCGGAGGAACGAGGAGGGCUACAAGUCCGUCUGGUUCAAGGAGGACAUCGACCCCAACGCCAAAGAGGAGGUGCGCAUCAUCCCCGACAGCGGGGAGCGCGACGCCGACGAGGAAGAGGAAGAGGAGGAUGAGGAGGGCUCGGCGGACGGAGAGGAGGACGUCUCGCCCCCCGGCACGCCGUCUGCGCUGCAGACCGCGCUGGAUAUGAGCGGAGGGGCGGAGUCUCGUGGCGAAGGAGAGGACUCGGACCUGUAACGGCCUCAGUGUCCAGUGAGGGUAAAAGUCGCAGGCUCAGGGUCUUCUCCCAACACUGACACUCUGACCCCUGUGUGUGUCUUUACAGCUGUACAUCUUUACUCUGAUUCCCUGUGUGUGUCUUUACAGCUGUGCAUCUUUACUCUCUGAUUCCCUGUGUGUCUUUACAGCUUUACUCUCUGAGCCCGUGUGUAUCUUUACAGCAUUACAUCUUCACUCUCUGAGUCCCUGUGUGUGUCUUUACAGCUGUGCAUCUUUACUCUCUGAUUCCCUGUGUGUCUUUACAGCUGUACAUCUUUACUCUCUGAGUUCCUGUGUGUGUCUUUACAUCUUUACUCUCUGAGUCCCUGUGUGUGUCUUUACUGCUGUACAUCUUUACUCUCUGAUUCCCUGUGUGUGUCUUUACAGCUGUACAUCUUUACUCUCUGAUUCCCUGUGUGUGUCUUUACAGCUUUACAUCUUUGCUCUCUGAGCCACUGUGUGUAUCUUUACAGCUUUACAUCUUUACUCUCUGAGCCACUGUGUGUAUCUUUACAGCUUUACAUCUUUACUCUCUGAGCCACUGUGUGUAUCUUUACAGCUUUACAUCUUCGCUCUCUGAGCCACUAUGUGUCUUUACAUCUUUACUCUCUGAGCCUAUGUGUAUCUUUACAUCUUUACUCUCUGAGUCCCUGUGUGUGUCUUUACAGCUUUACAUCUUUGCUCUCUGAGCCACUAUGUGUGUCUUUACAUCUUCACUCUCUGAGUCCCUGUAUGUGUUUUUACAGCCUUCACAUUUUAAGAGGAAAAACCCCCUGACACUUCUCCAGUCAAGCAGUAAAGCAUAUAAAUAGCCCUGAUUACCAGACUGAGGGAAAAUUGACCUUUACUCCCUCAUCUUGUGUAUUUUUGAAUUAUACUUCCUGAUCAUUACGUUCAGUUCAUGUCUAAUUUGUAACUUAUUUUUCUGUCUGUGACAUCAUGUCAGAGACAGAAGACAUUUACAUUAAAGCAGAAAUUAUGGAAACAAGGAGGUUCAGUACAACGCUACAUGUAAUUUAGCAGAAUUUUUGUAAAUAAUCAUAUUUACUUUGUAUAUAUUUUACUAGAGGUGAAUUCCCAUGUUUAAAUUUCUAUAACAGAAAAUG